CUUAUCAUUGGUCCAACCUUGAGCGGCAUGUCCUAAUUGGCCGUGUGGGAGGAAGGAAUGUGUGUGGAAGAUAAGAUGCUGUGAUGCCAUUGUUUUAUCUCGUUUGCAUUGGAGUGGAAAGUACCGGUAAUUGCAGAGUUUGAGAAAGUUCAUUUUGUAAAAAUAUGGGUAAAUACAAUUCGUAUACUGCCACUUUCAAGUUGCGCGUAAUCGCAUUUGCAGAAGAGCAUGGAAGAGAAUUUUCAGUAAGUGAAAAACUUGUUCGUGACUGGCGAAAACAAACAGACAACUUGAAUAACACGUGACGACAGCGGCGACUAAGAUGACGUUGACAUCCCGGCAAAUGAAUCUGAUGCAUCAGAAUCUAGUUCAGACAAUAAAUAGAUAAACUUGGUACUCUUCCCCCAGAUGCAAUUGUAACUGCAUCAUUUAUAGCUGAUGUUGAUGAGCUGUUUGACAGUGUUAAUGGAGCCGACAAUUUCCUCAAGGUGGAAAACUACUAAGAUGUCAAGUGUCUGCUUCAAGUCCACAUGUAGAAUAUUGGCAAGGAAAAGCAAAAAGCAUGGUUCACAAUUGGCGGUUUUGUGAGGAUCCUGCUGCUGAUAAGCGUUUGAAGCGUGAACGGAAAAGAAAAUCACCACCAUUGAAACCAGGUAAGAGGCGUUCUAACUCAUCCUCCAUCCCAGUGGGGUUGGAUCACUUUCAUAAAUAGAAUUUAACAUGUAUGAAAUGUACUCUCUAAGGCAGGAUUCACGUACUUGCAGCCACGGGCUCUGAACCAGGACCCACUUGAGAAUCUAUUUGGAUUAAUUCGAUCGUACUGUGGUGCAAACCACAAUCCAACAAUUUCUCAGUUUGCUGGAGCUUUCAAAACUCCUGUUGUGAACGGUUUGGCAUUGAAAGGAUUAACUGGAAACUGUCAGGCAGAUGAUGCUGCCAUCUUAAGUGACUUGAGAGACUUCCUCGUUAGUGAACUAAAAGAAACAGAAAAAAAAACAGACAGCGUAUCAACUGAUGAAGUUGAAGGUAAAGAAACGUGUCAGGAUGUGCUUGCAGAAAUUGAAUCUGCUGUGGAAUCUGGUGAUCAGUCAGUUCUGUCAGCAGCAUAUGUAGCUGGUUUCAUAGCUCGUAAACUUCUAAGGACAUUAAAUUGUGACUGUUGUAAGAGACUUUCAACUGGCAGCAGCUUAGAUUUUUGCAACACUGCUAUUGCUCUCAAGGAAUAUUCACAUUUAUCGGACAGUCUAACAUACCCUAUACAAGACCUGGUAGCGUAUGUUGCUAGGUUUGCUGUGGUAUUUGAUGACUUCAUGGUUUCUAACAGCCACAUUGAUAAAGUUGUGGAAUUUAUGUGUAAACAUGCUAAAAAUAUACUUCCAUUGUCAUGGCUAGAAAAUUCAAACUGUGAUCAUUAUGAUUACCUUCAAAAUGGCAUUGUUAAAGCAGCUGCUGAGAUUUCAGUUCGAUGGUGGUGCAAGAGAGUGAACCGGAAUUUGGUAACAUCCAAAAGAAUAAAACAACAAGCUAAGAAAAUGUGUAUUCUUACCCACACAUAAACGUUUUGUGCUAGUGGUUUGCUGUUCUAUCCAUGGUACAUUUUCUGUUGUUGCUUUUAAUUUUUACUGUUUUGCUUCUUGUUUUCAUAUGUAAUACUUUUCGGUUCAUUGCUGCAGGUUACAAAAGUCACAAAUAAUUGACAAAUUGUGAUGUGUUGUCACUAAGUCCCUAAAAAGUAACAGAAUGUAGGACAAGGUCACGAAAAAUUUUUAUAGUGUUUUAUUUUAAUGAGUAAUACGUGAUUGUGUAACUGGCAAAGCCUAGCAUUUUUUCCAUGCCUUUCGGCCAGCAAUAUAUAGAAAAAAGUGUAGAAAAGUUGUAUUAAUAUAUGUAUAUAGGUCCUUCGCUAUUGAAUUCAAUGUUGUAAUGUAAAUUCUGUGAAAUAUUUAAUGUACCGUAAACUGGGACAACUUUGGCCCUUCAGGUCAACUUUGUCCCACACAGAGAAAAAAGAUGAAUUAUAUUGUUUUAGAAAUGUUUUUCAAAAUAACAUGACGAACAUUAGUUAGACAUAGUUCCUAUUAUGUUACUGUUUAGAAUAUGUAGGUAGGGAAUUUUUGUACCACAUCAGUUGUGGUGGUAUCACUGUUACAAAAGAACCAGCUGUUUCAUGAAGAAUUAUUUAGUGCACAACUUUGUGGUGUGCAUAAUUUGAUUUUAGUCUGAAAAAUCUGGUAAGUGUAAAAUUAAUCUAUUUAUGCAUAUGUCCUUACAGGAACAUUUCAAUAUCAGCUUAAUUGUACAAAUUUUUUUCAACUUUGCUUAUAGUAAUAGCAAAUGUCAAUUUAGAGGUUAGUUUGGACAACUUUGUCCCGGGUUAAAGUUGCACCAUUGAAAAAAAAUUAACUUCAUUGUCAUUCUUAAUGUUUUAAUGUUUCAGAAAACUUUAUAUUACAUUGAGGCCAAACUAUGCUAGAUAUUUUUCACUUGUUUAUAUGUUUCAGGGAGUCAAACAGGCAGCACUAUGAGAACAGUGAGAAAGGGAAGUAGAAGUAAGAUAGGGAGUCGAAGAUAUCAGGACUACACAGAAGAUACUUUACAGAAGUGUUUGGAAGAUAUUAGGGAAGGUAGACUUUCUCAGAGGGCAGCAGAGAAGUUUUGGAACAUCUCCCGCAGCACAAUAAAAAACAAACUGAAAGGUGUGCACACUAAAAAACCAGGUAGGCAGCCAAUACUAACCGAAGAAGAGGAAGAAACACUUGUUGAACAUACUACGAUUUUAUGUGAUUUUGGUUUUCCCAUCACAGAAUAUGCUUUAAGAUGUGUUGUAAAACUUUAUUUAGACAAAAUGGGUCGAAAUGUUUGUGAGUUCCGUGACAACCUACCAGGUUAUGACUGGGGACGGCACUUUCUGGAACGUCACCCCGAGUUAACUUGCCGCAUAUCCUCAAACAUUAAGCGAGACCGGGCUGGUGUAGAUAAGGAGACAUUACUUAAAUAUUUUUUAAAUCUGGAGAAAAGUGUCGAAGGCAUUCCACCUGAAAAUAUGUGGAAUUACGAUGAAUCCAACCUGACUGACGACCCAGGAAGCAGAAAAGUUUUAUCAAGGCGCGGAAUGAAACAUGUUGAGCAAGUAAUGGAUUCUUCCAAAACGUCUACAUCAGUUAUGUUUUGUGGAAAUGCAAAAGGGGAACUUCUGCCUGUCUAUGUUGUUUACAAGGCAGAAAAGUUAUGGGACACAUGGAUGGAAGGGGGUCCGAAAGGUGCACGAUUUAAUAGGUCGAAGAGUGGAUGGUUUGACUCGGGAUCAUUUGAAGACUGGUUUUUCCAUCUUGUGCUCCAUAGACUCAAAAGACAAGAAGGAAAAAAGUUACUGAUAGGAGACAACUUAGCAUCUCACAUUAGCAAGGAAGUCAUUGCAGCCUGCCAAGAAAAUGACAUUGUCUUUGUUUGCCUGCCCCCACACUCCACCCAUCUGACACAGCCACUUGAUGUGGCAUUCUUUCAUCCACUGAAGGCAGAAUGGAGGAAAAUUCUACAUGAAUGGCGUAAAACUCCUAGCGGAGAGCGUUUCAAAACUCUACCGAAGGAUGUAUUCCCUAGAUUGCUGAAUAAACUUGUGGGAGUCUCUGUUCAAACAAGGGGCAAAAUUUAGUCUCAGGUUUCAAAAGUUGUGGCAUUCAUCCUCUUGAUGCAACCAAAGUUUUGAAACGAUUGCCAGGUGCUGAAGUUUCUGUGAAUGUUGAGAUUGUCAGUGAAGCAUUCCUCGAAACAGUAAUCAGUAAAAGAUCAGAGGCCACACCUUCGAUUCGAAAGAAGAGAAAACUUGUAAACGUUGAACCUGGUAAAGGAAUCACUCCAACAGACAUGGAUACCGGUACACAAGUCGUCUCAGAACCUAAACAAAAGAGAAAGAGGGGAAGGCCGAGGAAAGACGAUUCUACCUCAUCUGACGAGGGAUCCAGUUUUGACAUUUCUGAUUCCACAAGUGACGAUCUGGAAUCUGAAAACCAAAAUUCCGAUUCUGAGUGCCUAACUCCACACAAAAAUGAAUCAUGGAAGGAAGAACUAAGUGAGUGUGACUAUGUUGCAGUCAAAUACAAUGGAGAACUCUAUCCUGGCAGCAUUGUUGGUUUCCCCAUAGAAGAUAACAGUAGAAUUAAGAAAGUUAAGGUGAUGUGCAUGGAAAAAACUAUGAAAUUUUGGAGAUGGCCAGUCAAUGGUAAAGAGGACAUAAUGAUUUAUGAUUUUGAUGACAUAAUAAUGAAAAUACGUGAGCCUGUGCCAAUAAGGAGGGGAUAUUUUUCUGUCCCUCAACUAAACACUUUCAUUUCAUAAAGAGUUUUUCUGACUAACCUAUGUAAAAAUGUUUUUACAUUUACUAUAUGUUGCCUAAUAAUUUUUAAUGGUGUCUCACAAGUGUGCUUGGAUAUAUGGUUGCAUUAGUUAUCAUUAUAAGGUACCAAUAUAUUAAAAAUAAUAAAUAUUUUACUGUGGUUUUUGUAUUCUGUCUUUAGAUAAUAAGUUUUUUCCUAAUAAAAUGUUUAAAAAAAUGUUUUUGGUGAUUUAUUUGGUCUUAUAUUCUAGGUAUAACUGUAAAUAACAUUGUCCCACAAACCCAUUUGAACAACAUUAACCCUCUAAUAAAAAUACACUCACUACUGCGGUAAAAAUGAUAUUGGGCUAAAGAUGUCCUACAAUGGGACAACUUUAACCCACCGAAACAAUAAUUUGUUAAAAACAAUAAAAUUUUAUAAAACUACAAACCGACAUAACUACUUGUUCCCAAAACUUUCACCUCUACACCAAAAAUGUUUUGGAAAAUUUUACUUUAUUAAUGCAAAAGGUCAGAAGCAUCAAAUUUGAAAAAUUGAAAAAAGUGGGUUAAAGUUGGCCCAGUUUACGGUACUUGUUUAUGGUACAGUGUGUGUUUAUUGUGUUAACUGUGCUCUUGUACACCCUAUAGUUGCGCAUGCGCAGUGAUACUAAGAUUAGUACAAGAUGGAACCUCUGCUACUAUGCAAUAGAAGUUAAAACUCGCCGUCACAAAGUGUAAAAUUAACAAAUUCCAGUGCAACAUUGCACCAUUUUUGUUUAUUUAUUGUUGUAGCACAGGAUUUCAACAUUGCCAGAUGCAUGUAGUCUUGUAAUUGUACUUAUAUUUGGGGUGUUUUGGUCUUUGAUGCGUACAAUGUGCUUUUGUACAAGAAAUGACGAUCUGGUAUGUGGGAAGCCUGCACAUGCUUUGUGUUGGUAAAUAAGGCGGUGGUGUGUUAACGAUUAUUGUUACGCUUGAUUGUGAUUUAGUUUUACUAUAUUUCGGUAAUGUUUUUUGUAUCUUCAAAUUAAUAUACGUAUACGCUAUAUCUGUAUAUCAUCUUGUAUUGUGUACGUACUGCAAGUAGAUAAUAUGUAUAUGUACAUGUGCAUAUGUGACUUUGAUGGUAAUCAAACAAAGUGUUUUCAGAAAUUGUGUGUUGGUCUGAUAGUUUAUGUUAUGUAUUUAUAAAUUUCAUCUGUAAAGUCAGCAAAAGUAACUGUUGUGUUUCAAGCAAAUUUAUUUUAAAAUACAAUUUUUAUAAUGUAAGGUGUUGUAGUUAAAUUAUGUUGACAUAUUGGCAACCAAUGCCUUACAGUGAAAUUUGGUGACACACUAUGGCUAUGAAGAUACAUAUAUAGGUUUUUUUUAAAGCUAACAUUUACUGUUGGUUUUUGUGGCGAGUACAUAGUAAAAUAAGAAACAAGAAGUUUAAGGAAGUAAAAAAAAUGUGAAUGUGAUUGUAUUUGUUUUAAUUUGCGAACAUUUUUUGUUUCAGGUUGAUUUACAUACAUUAUGUCGAUAAAAGUUGUGAAAAGGGUUAUAUGCUAUUUUGCUGGAUGUAGGCCUAUGCCUAUAUUUACUGAAAAUGAAAUGCACUUGUGCCUUAUUUAUACUUUUAUACUAUUUUAUGCCAAUGUUGAUCUGUAUUGCAGAUUCUGUAUAUUUAUAAGAAGUGAUAAUGUUGUGUAAUGGUGAAAAUGUUGAAUUUAUUAUUAGUGUGAUCAUAAUGUUUUGUUUUUAAGUUCCAUUACAGAUACUGAUCACAAACGCAACAGUGAUAGUUAAAUAAACUCAUACUACAGACAUUGAUAGUUAUAAUUAUAUAUUUUGUGUACCUUCCGAACAUUGUCAGUGAGACAUAUAGCUACUGAAUAUAAAUAGGUCUUCAAUAUGUAUGCAAUGUAGAAAACAUUAUGUCAUUGAAUAUUUUUAACAAAAUAAAAAUUACAUAUUGCACAUAGAAA